AUGGAUAUCGGAAGAAACGCAGAGCUGAGAUACAAGUUACAAGCUAAUGAAUAUUUUGACUUGGAUGUUAAAACAAAUGAAGAGGAAACAAAAUUUUUAGAGCUAGUUUUGAAGAAACCAGUAGGUAGGGAAGAAACGCAAGAACAUCGUUUAUUGCUGAUUGCAAUUGAUGGAAGAAAACCUGAACUAACAGGUACAGUUCAGUCAUUGAUCAAUGUAUUGGAUGCGAAUGAUGAUGCCUCGGAAUUAGAUAAAUCAACUUAUAAUGUCAGAAUACUGGAAAAUGCACCGAACGGGAUAUUAGUUAUUAAACUGAAUGCCUCAGAAGCAGGUGAGGGCAUUAAUAAGGAAAUAGGGUACCUCUUUAGUAAUCUUGUUCUUGACAACGUAACAUCUAAAUUUGCGAUCAAUAUAAUAGUGGGGAAAUAACAGUUCAGGGAAAGAAAACUGGAUUAUGUAGACUGUAAUUUAUAUGAAAUUAAUAUUGAUGCCGUUGAUAAGUCCAUUCCCAUUAACUGACACUGCAAAGUAAUAGUGAAAAUCCUGGAUGAGAAUGAUAAUAGCCCAGAGAUGGUCAUAACCUCCUUAUCUCUGCCUGUGCAAGAGGACGCCCCACUGGGCACUGUCAUCGCCCUGAUCAGUCUGUCAGACCACGACUCCGGUGCCGAUGGGCAGGUGACUUGCACCCUGAUGCCUCAUGUCCCCUUCAAGCUGGUGUGCACCUUCAAGAAUUACUAUUCAUUGGUUCUACACAGUGCCUUGGAUCGCGAGAGUAUGGCGAACUAUGAGGUGGUGGUGACCGCGAGGGACGGGGGCUCGCCUUCCCUGUCGGCCACAGCCAGCGUGUCCGUGGAGGUGGCCGAC